UCAGUUGGAUAAUAUAGAAGAGAUUAAAAGAACAGUUUUGAAAAAGUGGGCUAGAGUCAAUCUACCAGCUGCUUCUUUCUUAAAAGCUCCAAAAGAGAAUAUGCAAUCAUUAUAUAAUAA